AUGGCGGGCGACAAGGUGCAUGUGCAUUUGAUGACGGGCCAGGACGUGGUCGUCAGCAUAAACGUGACGGAGAAGGUGAAUCCGCCAAAGUUCGAGAAGGUCGAGGACAUGGCAGACCUCGGCUACCUGAACGAGGCCAGCGUGGUGCAUAAUCUGAAGCAGCGGUACGCGGCGCAGGCAAUCUACACGUACAGCGGGCUGUUCCUGGUUGCAGUCAACCCGUACUACGACCUGCAGAUAUACGGGCACGAGUUCGUCAUGGCGUACCGCAACAAGAAGCGCACGGAGAUGAUGCCGCAUAUUUUCGCCAUCGCCGACGCAGCCUUCCACGACAUGCUGCAUACCAAGGAGAACCAGUCGAUUCUGAUCACCGGCGAGUCGGGCGCGGGCAAGACCGAAAACACCAAGAAGGUGAUCCAGUAUCUGACGGCCAUCGCCGGCGACAAAAGCACCGGGAAUGUGUCCAGUGGGCUGGAGCAGCAGGUGCUCAGUGCCAACCCGAUCCUGGAGUCGUUUGGCAAUGCACAGACGAUCCGCAAUAACAACUCGUCGCGGUUCGGCAAGUUCAUCCGCAUCGAGUUCAAUGCCGCCGGGCAGAUCGCCGGCGCCAACAUCGAAUGGUAUCUGCUGGAGAAGCCGCGCGUCACGCACCAGUCGAGGCUCGAGCGCAACUACCACAUCUUCUACCAGCUACCAAGGACAGGCUGCUGA